GCGCCGCCCCUGCGCCGCCCGGUGCCACCGAGCCGGCCCCCGCCCGUCCCGCGGCCGCGGUGGGAGCAACCGCAGCAACAGGUGGGGCCGGUGCUUCGCCCGCUGCCGGCGCGGGGGCCGCGGCCGAGCCGCCGAGCACCGCAGCCGCAGCCGCACCGGAGCGGAGCUGCCCCGGCCGAGCCGUAAUGGGAGAGGCUCUGCAGGAGCGCAGAGGAGCCGCCUUGCUGCCCAGGAGCUGCUGCAGCCGCCGGGGAAUCGUCAGCAGCCAUGCCGAGCUGGCCGGGUGCAAGAUGACCCUCACGACUACGCCGGCAGCCAGUGUUGCCCAGGCUUUCUUUUACCUCCUGCUGUGUGUCCCCUGGGGCAGCUCCUGCCCCCCCAGCUGCCAAUGCACAGAGCGGGCAGGGGCGAAGGCCGUCCUCUGCAGCUCCCGGCACUUGGAGGAGAUCCCCAAGGACAUCCCCAAAGACGCAGUGUUCCUCAAGCUGGACGCCAACAGCAUCACCAGGAUCCCCAGCAAUGCCUUCAGGCACCUCUCCCACCUGGAGGAACUCGAUCUCUCCAGGAAUGCCAUUGAGAAGAUUGACAGGGCAGCUUUCAAAGGGGUGGCUGCCGGGCUGCGUACCCUCGACCUCUCCAGCAACCGCAUCCGCAGCAUCCCCAAGGAGGCCUUGCUGGCGCUCAAUGCCAAGCUCCGGCUGGCCAACAACCCCUGGCACUGCGAGUGUGCCUUGCAGGAGGUGCUGUGGGAAGCACGGCUGGACCCCGACUCUGUCCAGGACAUCACCUGCCACACGGCCCCACGAGAGGAAUAUGUGGGGAAGCCGCUGCUCCAGGUCCUGGAUGCCGGUGUCAACUUCUGCAGCGUGCGCCAGAGGACCACGGAUGUGGCCAUGUUCAUCACCAUGUUUGGCUGGUUCGCCAUGGUCAUCGUCUAUGUGAUCUGCUAUGUCCGGCACAACCAAGAGGACACCUGCAAGCACGUGGAUUACCUGAAGUCAUUGCCAAGUACCCAGGGCCAUGCUGAGACCACCAGCACUGCCCUGUAGCGCAGGAUUGGGGCAUCCCGUUCCCAGCUUCUUUGCAGAGAGCCAGUGGCAACUUAGUGGUCUUCAAAGCUUCCCGAUGGGAUUUUGCAGUGCUUGCUCCAGUCCUGCAAAUGAGCGCCACUGACUUCGUCCCUCCCAGUGAUGCUGGACUGAGCGUGAGCAAAUGACAUGGGGGAGGGAUGUUGGGGACACCCCAUGCAGCCCUGUCUAUGGAGCUCAGGUUCCUGGAGAAGAACCUCCUAUACACAGACCCCUUCUCCCCUGCCAGGGCUGGGCUCACAGGGAAAGCAGCCCCAGCCACAUGCUUGCAAUCCAUGUGGUUUGGAGAGAACAAGACCCUGAGGGAGACAGAUGAAGGUAGGGGCUCUUGUGGACCUCCAGGAGGUCCCUGGAGCCUGGGAUGCAGGGUGUCAGCGGGGUCACCCCAUCCUGGCUCCAGUGAGAGACCAGCCUUGCAUAGAGCAUGACAUCAGGCCCAGCCACCACACAGCAUCUCAGCAGCCUCUGCCUGCCAGCAGCAAUGCGGAGGUGGUCUCCCAAGCCUUCGAUUUCUCAAUAAAGCCCUACAUGCAGGAAAAGCCCUCGGGGUUUGCACUGCACUGGGAGCUGGGCAUCCGGGAAGGGCAGUGGUGCUCGAGGUGUUUGCACUUGUCCUAAUUCAAUCUGUCCCAAAGCAGGCCAGCCUAAAUUCAAUGUACCAGUGUGACUGCCAUUAGGUUACAUCCUCUCCACCCUCACCCCAGUCUGCUUUAAGCAGGGGCCAGCUGGGCAUAUUCUGCCUCUAUAUCUCGCCUGGUGCAUCUUGCCUUAUUGUACCCUUGCUCAGGGCUGCGUCAGAGACACUGCUCAUGGCUCAGCACAGCGGAAGCAGAUUAAGUUCUACCUUGUUUUACAAGCAAGAAAUAGACCUUCCCAGCAGAGCCAGCUGCAGGGUCUGCCUGGCUCUCCCAAGCUUGGACCCCAGGGUGGCUCAGGCCAUCACCUACCCAGCCCUUUCUUGGGAGGCUGUCACCUUCUUCCAGCAGGAAACGCAGGGAAGUCUGAGCAACGCUCUGAGCCAGUCGGGAAAGGCAGAGGGUCUGAGGGGGAGAAGCAGAGGGGCACCCUCACCCCAGCACUACCGUGCUCAGGACCACCUCAUCUUCAUGGGCCACCAUGGACAUGGCUCCGUCUCACUCAGGGGUGGCUCUGCAGAGCAGCUCGGAUACCUGCAGCUUGCCUGUGGGAUGAAGGCUGGGUGCACAGAAUUUAUUAGAGCUCUGGUUAAGCAAAAGAGUCCCCCAGAAAAGUUGAUAAAACUAAAAGAGGCCACAGUUUCACCUGGAGCAGUUUUGGGACUUUCCCAUGUCCAUGGUAGCUGGGUUGGUCCCAGUGCACAGCAGGUUUGCUCGGGAGUCACUAACCUCAUACAAAAGGGUGCAAUGUCAAACCAGUCGGGUCCUCAGCAGCACCACAGCCCCAGGCGCUGGGCAGCCAGAGCCAAGCCCAAAGCCAACAUUUUCCCCCCAUUUCUCACACGCCGUUUCCUCCCCCCCUGCCAUACACCCACCCUGGCAGCACAAGUGUCUGCUCAACGCUCAGCACACAAGUGGGCAGCACAGCAUUCUGCUCAGUCUCUUCCCUGUGAGCUCUGGCCACAGCCAACAGCACUUGGGUCCCUUCUGGCUGGAGUGUGCCAAGCGCUGGGUCCCAUUGAGCCCCAGGAAGCGCCUGGGCACCAGGCACCCUGGGUAGGAUGUAGGUCUGGAGCAUGGCAGGAAAGCUUGUCCAGGAGAAACAGCAUCGAAGCAGGGUCACAGCCACCUUGCCAGCCCUGGACAAGGCUGCAAGGAGCCUGGAGCUCCCAUCCUCCUCCUUCCCAUCCUGUGGGGCGCACAACCAGCCAGCCACAGGGCUGAUCCCGCACCGUUCCCGGGCUCUGUGGUCCAUCUUCACCUUGAUGCACAGCUUGCCCUGAUCCUGGCAAUGAGCUGAGCAUGUCUCAGCCACCUCAGGUGGUUUUCAGCUUGAGCACCUUGGAAAGUGGCUCCUUGGCACUGGUGUAGAGGAGGUAGGAGCCCUCAGUGGUGUGAAAUGCCUCCCAGUCUCUACAGCCGACAGUGGGGAGGUGGUGAGCCGCUACGAAGCCUUCAUAGCCUUGCCACCUGCACAGGGAGGGCAGUUAGCUCUUGGGGCACAAGCUGGGCGCCUGAAAGGGGGCAGGAAAGCUAAGCCAUGGGACUGGCAUCUCCCACCUCCCCGCUGUGGCUCAGGGUGGGAUGUCCUUCACUGGGGCUUCUCAUUCCUGCCUAUAAACCUGCCCAGAAACAGGGAGCAGUCCUAUCUGUCCACCCUGGGCAGAUGCACCACCACCUGCAGAGGUUGCCCUGUGCUGGGCUCUCGGCAGAACUGUUCCUACUGGGAACAACCACCCAACCACCCAGCCCUGCCCUCCUCCUGCAGCAGUACCUGUAUAUAAUACUGUUAACAGAGAAGGUGAAGCCAUCAAAGGAGUUUGCUACCACCAGAAACGAGUCAUCUCCCACCGAGAAGAACUCCCAGUCCAGGGCACUGGGAAUGAAGCAAGCAGAGGGGCAGGUGAGGUGGCCCCUCCAUGGCCAGCUGUGGAAGGGGCUGCGUGUCACGGGGCUGAGCCCACCCCACCCCAACCUUUGCCACUCUGGUGAUACACAGAAAACUCUGCUCUUCCCAGACUGUUCCCGAACGGAAAUCCACUCUUGUUCCCAAACUCAGGGCCCUCUCAGCUCCCACUGGGGUUUGGUGCCAAGGACCUGUCACCCAUUGCCCUCCCCACCAGUCUCAGUCCCUGGCAACAUCCAAGCCUGCACAAACCCUGCAGGAGACCUCCAGGUUGCUCAGGGGAAGGAUGUGACUGAGGAGCACCCUGGCUCUUUGCACAGGUACCUGUAGGUGAGGAGGUCCUGGAAUUUGACAAACAUCUGGGCAGUGACAUUCAGCUCAUAGAUGGAGGAGUUGAUGGCGUAGAAGUUAGAGGGUGCUGGCAUCCCGCUGUCAUAGCUGUGGCUGUUUGCAACAGCCAAGAAGACUCUGUCCCCGAUAUGAAAGACCUCCCAGUCAGCAGCACCAAAAGUCUGGGGAAGGAAGACACACAAGAAGCUGGACAUGGACAAGCUUUUGAAAGCCAAGGAUGCUGCAAGGUGUGGGGGGACCUGCUGGAGGAAGUUACCCACUCCUAAAACCCUCCAAGGAAACAAAAUAAACCUCGUUCUUUCAAUGCAUAUGGGAGAAUCAGUAGGAAAGUAUCACUGCCUUUCCAGAGGUCUGAAGAGCAUCUGUCUCUGUAAUUAUUCCCUGGCUUGUCCAAACACAAAGGGGGGCUGAGGACUAGUGUUUGAUCAGGGGCCAAGCCUUACCAGGAUAGACUGGAAGAGCUGGAAAGAGCCACUGAGCCAGAUGUAGAUGUGCGAGUAGAUCUUAGUGGAUGUACCAUUGAAUGUGUUAGCCACAGCCAGGAAGGAAUACGGCCCGAUGGUGAAAAAUUCCCAGUCAUAGGCUCCAGAGGUAGGGAUGGUCUGGUUGGUUUCAAACAACCCUGUCCUGGGGUUCCACCUGUAUAUCACGCUGUCUAUGUUGUGGUUAUUCCCUGGGGGAGACAGACAGAUAGAUGUGCAACAUGAGGGAAAGGAUAUGUGGUUUGCAUAAGAAAAAAGACCCAGAAAUAGGUUCAGCUACAGAAAUAUUUGCCAGCAGGUUGCAAGGCUGUUUGCUAGUGAUUGAUUGUUCCCCAAGAAGUAGCUGAAGAGACUCUAGAGCCUCCAUCCCUACCUAGAGCUUCCAUCCCUGCUCUCUCCCCACAUAAGCAGCACACCAGAGCACUGUGCCAGCAUCCUGGCCAAGCUCUGCUGGCUGUCCCAUGUGUAGCAGGGCCGGCCCCAGUUGAGUUCUUAAAGUUACCAAAAUCAUGGGCUGCCAUCACCCUUCACACACGAGCUCGCACAUGUGGGACGGGGUCACAGCUGGAAUGGUACCGCACUGAUGUUUCUUCAGCACUCCUUUGCUAAGGCCCCACGCUCAGCUCCUGAGCACUGCAGACGGCCAAGGACUUCCACGUGCUGAUCCCUGCUCAUGGCUCAAACUCCAGGAAGAGAGAGGGGUUGCCACAGUCUGCAACUUACCCCACUGAGCACUCGGGCUGAGCCCACAAGACUAAAGCCUGUACUCCAUGCAGCUCCUGGGCUCUGUUCAAGGAUCUUGACCUUGUGUCUGUGCUGGACCCAGCUGGCUUUAAAACUGAAAACCGUUCUGCACCUUCAGCCUUGCACGACCCUUCCAGCUAGAGACAUUAUUCUAAUAAAGAGCUGGCUUCACUGGGACAGGACGGGAGCACCGCCAGCACCCUUCCAGCCCCCGCUCACUCAGCACUGCUGUACCCUGUUAAUGGGUUUAUGGGCAACCCUCAUUGCAACAGAAGAUAUUUUGGCAAGAAAGGCUGCAGGAAGAACGGGGUGCAUGGGAAACAGCCACAUGGAUAAGUGGCAGCUCCUCAGGGACUGACUCUCCACUGGGUCAAGCCCCAGUUUGGCUUGACCAUGAUGGUCUUAACCACUACAUGAUGUGUACGGCUACCAAAGGGACCUUUCUGCUGCCAUUGCCACAGAAGUAAGUCAUGGAAUAAUAGAAUCACAGAAUGUUUUGGGUUGGAAGGGACCUUAAAGCUCAUCCAGUUCCAACCCCCUGCCAUGGGCAGGCACACCUUCCACUAGAUCAGGCUGCUCAGAGCCCUGUUCAAAGUGGGGAAAUGCAGAACUUGGUCUAAUUUAGAUCCUGUACUGGUUAUAAUCAUGUCAGUUUCUGCUUUUAAUGCUAUGUUUACCUGUUACACAUUUCUUCCAUAAAGGACUAUGAUGUA